UAGCACUUUGCUUUAACCACUAUCAACCUUCCAGGGACGUCCCUCAGAAUGACCUGCCUAGCAACGGGCAACCCCCAACCCAAAAUAUGGUGGACGAAGUAUGGAGGGACUCUGCCGGCCAGGAGCACUCAGGAGGAGGAUGGUUCGCUCCGGAUCGAGUCCUUGGAGGUGCAGGAUGAGGGCACGUACCUCUGCCAUGCCGCUAAUGGCGUGGAUUCGGAGAUUAUGCUAGACGUGCCGUUGGAAGUACUGGAACCGCCUGAAAUAGUAGAAGCUCCUGAGCCCCAGAAUGUUGAGGAAGGGAAGGAAGUGGACCUCAAGUGCCGAGCCACAGGCCAUCCUGAGCCCAAGAUCAUGUGGGUGUUCAAUGGAGGUCUUGUGAGAAAUGAUGGGAACCUCUUGAUAACUGAUCAGGGACUGACCAUCAGAGCAGUUGAGAAGAAACAUGCAGGCAUAUUCCAGUGUUUUGCUCACAAUCCUGAAGGCACUGUUCAGGCUGUAGCCAUGAUUAGUGUUGUACCGAAAACUGUGAAAGCAGGGCCACAUUCCAGUAUAUCUAACACUGAUUACACACCUGGUGAGCCUUCCAGGGAUCGAUACAAUGGCAGCAGACGCAGAGUUACUGGCAAUGGCAAUGGCAGUAGUGGGGAAAAGGGUAACAGAGGAAGAGACAGAAAUGGAAAGAGGAGAGGCCAAGGGAGAAAUGAGAGCGAUGGCCUUUCAGGAGGAAAUGGGAAGAAUGGAGAGACAACAGUAGAGCCAGCAACAACGAACGAUGGCGUGUGGAGGAAAAAAGGAAAGAAAGGUUUGAUGGUUCCUCCCUCAAGACCCAAUAUGACGAAAGUUUCAGAUGAAUCAGUCAUGGUCACGUGGGAUGUUCACAACACAACUGGCUUACCCAUUUUGUUUUAUAAGGUUCAGUAUAAGGAAGUUGGUAAUAGAGGGAACAGAGGCAGUAGAUGGAUGACAGUGGAUGAGGACAUUCUGCCACAUAUUAAUAGCUAUGAAGUAACAGGGCUUCAUACAGGUCGUGUUUAUAAAUUCCGAAUUGCUGCCGUCUAUGCCAACAAUGACAAUAAACUUGGGAAGAACUCCAAGAGGUUUUUGUUGAAGGAAGACCUGACAAUGCAGAGGCCUGUUUACCCUCCAAAGAUCGUCCGCCUCUUGCCUCUGAGUCCCACAAUGGUUCGGCUGGAGUGGGAGUAUGAACCAUCGCCAGGAGUGCCUGUGGAAGGGUUCUUCAUCAAUUACAGAGAAGCAACAACAGCUGGAGAGUACACAAAGGUCACAGUGUUAAAUCCAAGAAGAACCUAUGAGAUCUCUCACCUGAAGCCCAAUGUGUCAUAUGAUUUCAAGAUACAGUGUUUCAACAUUGCUGGAACUUCAGAUUUUUCUCCUAUAUAUAAAAAAUCUGUUGCAGGCUCCAAAACAUCUACAAUGCGUCCUGCUGUUACCGUUAACGAUGUGGUCCCAGUGAUGAAGAACGAUGACAUGAGCCUCUCCAACAUCCAUCUGUACAUAAUCCUGGGUGCUGUUCUGGCUCUGCUGCUUCUGAUUGUGAUUGUCUCUUCAUCGAUUUAUGCCUGUAGGAAUAGGAAUUCUCAAGAUGACAGCCGUACAUCAAAAUACGAGGACACUUCUCUCCACAUACACAGGGAAACAACUACUUAUUCUUUACCUCAGAGUAACCGCAACAAUGGCCAAGGUCCCAAUGGAUAUUUAUCACAUCAAGGUUCUCCUCUGCGGCAACAAAACAGGGAUGAAAAGGUCCCAGUUGAAAGCUCCCUCGUCGAAAAUAACAACCACAACAUUCAAAUGCUGAGAAACUGGCCGUCAACACCAGGCAGCCAGAUUCGCUCAUAUUCCACCAGUGGUGAGGGUGAUGCUGGUGCUAUUGAGAUGAGAAAUUCCUCAUUACCCAGAAGCACGAGUGAGGGACCGGUUGUGGCCAGUGGUGUAGACACAACUCUGAGAUGAUUUCCCUAAGGUCCUCAAAAUCCCAUAUACUCUCUAAUAAUUUUUUUUUUUGUGUUUGUAUAUACUGUAUAGAAUGUGCAUGGCUGAAGUGAUAAUGGAAAGUAGCCAUGAAAGUGACAUGGAUUUUUUUCUUCUAUUUUAAAACUCAGUUGAAUGUGUUAUAUAUGUUGAAUGUAUGAGUUUAUGUGUGUUGUAGUGUGUCUGAUUAUGUUUGUUCAUUUUUGUAGAAAAUGACAGUAAUAAGAAGUCAAUUUGGUAUACGCCUUGGUGGCAAUAAUUGUGAUACUAUUUUUAAGUUUAGGUUUAGUAUUCUUUCACACUCAUUAUGUUAGUAACUGCUUAUCUGUAACUUUGGAUCUGUCUGUCUGCAUAUGUGUAUGUCAGUCUUUAAUCACUUAUUUAUCUACUUCAGAAUCAAAGAAUGACAAAUUAAUGCUACAAAUAUUGCUAGUGGUUGUACAAUGAUUAUUUGCAUUUCAAACAUUUUUUACAAAGUGUACAUAUGAUUUUUUUACUUAGAAAUAUCAAUUUAAUUUCUUAAUUUAUUUAAUGUAUUAGAGAAAACUAUGAGAAGGCAAUAGAGGGUUAUCCGAGGAAAAUGAGACAUGUGCCGUUAACUUGCCAACAACACGUUCUAGUUGAUAAUGGAAUGCGUCUCUUUUUCUUCAAUAAGCCACAGCAAUGUGCUAAAGGAAAUUGUCUUGGUGGAAGAGUGAAAUAAUUUUUUUGGUAUAUAUCACAUGCCUGUUUGUAAUAAAAUAUUGCUACUACAA